AUGGCUCCCCAAAAGCAACCUGAACGCCUCAAGCACGUCGCCGAAAAGGCCACGUCCAACAACCCCUCGCAGCUGGGCGACCCCGUCUCCCUAAAGGCCGAGGUCUCGCAGCUCUCGCCGACGGAAAACGACCUGGGCGCCAACUCGAAGCGGUCGUCGGCGCCCGCGAAACCGUCCGGGGGCGGCGCCGCGGGGGCCAAGAACUCGGACGGCUCGCCCGUGCAGGGGCCGGAGAAGAAGCGGCUGAAGCAGGUCGCCGAGGAGAACAUGGAGGCCGGCAACCCUUCGCAGCUCGGGGACCCGAUCAGCCUCAAGGCGGAGACGAGUAGCACGGAGCCAACGGGUGAGGCGGAUGGGCAAAGGAGGGAGAAGUCGAAGCUUUGA